AUGGGAGUGCAUGGGCUCUGGCGCCUCCUUGACACCUUUGGAGAAGUGACCCAACCGAGCGACUGGCGUGGCAAGCGGGUUGCGAUUGACGCGAGCAUUUGGAUGAGCCAAUUUCGGGCAAAAUGCACAUCCGGUGAAAAUAUGGAGCAAUGCAUUUUGGAGGGAUUUUUCUUGCGUAUCCUGAAACUUCUUUUUUAUGGUAUUGAGCCUGUUUUUGUGUUUGAUGGCACUGCCACGGAUUUGAAAUCGACGGAGAGGCGUCGGCGAGCGGAGCGUCGGGCAGCACUGGAACGGUCGGCUCUCACCCGUCGUGCUCAGCAGAUCGUCAAGGCGCAGUUGGCUUCAGGUUUGUUGAAUGUACAGGCGUUGGAUCAAAAGGGCCCAGUGAAGACAGCGGGGCGGCCACCAAGCCCCAAGAAGGAAACGGACGCCGGAAUGUUGCAACGUUCGUCACUAACCAACAUCUCUGACACCGCGACUGGAUGCUGUAGUACUAAUCCGCGAAGUUUGUUGCGAAAAAGACGGCGUGAAAUUGUCUUGGAACCCGAUGCCAUUUCGAGAACCCUGACGAAUUCUUUCUUAACAGAGGCGGAGGAAUGGAUCGAAGAAAGGAAGCGCGGUGAAAUGUGCGUCGAGGCCAAUUUACUUUUUUACUCUAGCACUUCACUCUUCAUGGGUCCGCGAGGGGUCUUGGAAGACAAAAUAAAUGGACCCAUAAAGGCCGCCGUGCUGCCUGAGAAGGAUACUAAUCCCCCGGCUUACAUGAGCCUUUCUAGCUUGUCUAGUGAAGAAGCUUCACUGGUGAUCUCUGAUGAUGACAAAACCAGUAUUAAUGACUACGAAACAGUGUCCACCGGCAUAACUAGCAGCAGGGGUUCCGUUGUAAUCGUGGGAGGUCACACAGAGACGUUUCCGGAUCGUCUCCGUGAAAUGGAGGAAAUAACGAUUCAUUCUUUGCAUGAUGACUCUUGCGACACGUGGUUGGAAAAGGAUAUGGCAACGUGUGAUGAUAUUCUUUCUUUUUGCAACGAGGGGGACAGCAGUGGCGGUAGCGGCCACAGUAACAGUGAUCAUGAUGACUCGGUCCAGCUGUGGAAUCCCGGCACCCAACUAAUUUGCCAAAGUGGCGCCGAAACCAAAAGGAGGCACCGCGAGGUUUCUGACGACGGCAUUGAGCGGCCUAAAGCAGCUUCUAUUGGUUCCGUUGAGGAGACGACUAGGGAGGGGUCGUCUUCACCCGUCACGAAGAACUUGAUGGGUGCAGUGGAUGUCACAAGAUCACUGGAGACGCCAUCGCCUUCCCACCCGCCACAGACACUUCUGCCAAAGCCGAUAACAAAAGGUGCGAAGGCACAUCAAGUUAUACCGUUUGAACUUUUGGAGAUUUUGGAGCUGCUGGAUUGUUGUGGGAUUCCAUUUGUCUUGAGUCCCCACGAGGCGGAUGCACAGUGCGCCUUCCUGAGUCAACAGCGGCUUGUGGAUGCGGUGUUCUCAGAGGAUAGUGAUGUCAUUGUGCAUGGCGCCAAUGUUGUCCUGCGUGGUUUUUUCUCGAAGAACCGUUAUGUGGUGGUAUAUCGUCAGAGUGAUUUGGCGAUGUGUGGCGUGGACAAGGACGUUUUGGUCGCGCUUGCGCUUUUGCUUGGAUGUGACUACGCCGAGGGUGUGGAUGGAGUGUCUUUGUUGGAGGCGCUACGGAUCAUAACUGCCUUUUGGCAUCAGGAAAGUGUUCAGGGCCCCUCGCACGUGUUGGACAUGUUGAAACGGUGGAGGGAUGCUGUGGCACAGCGGCGUUUUGUAUGGGAAGAAGAAGGCGUCCUCUUGCAGUCCUACUUGAACUGGAGGAGGUGGAGCACGUUGCGGGUGGCCGCUGAUUUUCCGCAAGUGCCUGUUGUGGAUGCUUUUUUUAACGCCACCGUGGAUGCGGAUAUGAGGCCGUUUGCGGUGGCAUCCCCUGAGUGGAAUCGUCUGCGGACCUUUGCAGGAAUGCACGGUUUGCUUGGCGAUGUCACAUGCCAGCAACGGCUGGAGUUGGCUCAAAAGGCAUUCCUGGCGAGAGAAUUGCAGCGUAACAAUGAGCGUAAACAACAGCAAUUGCGCCUCACGGAUUUUGCGAUGCCGUCACAUGCAAAAGAGAAGGUGGCCUACAAGAAACAGCCACCCAAGUUUGCAGCGGCACUCUCCGCCUUGCGAGCUGCCAGAAGAAGUGGGGUCCGUGUGGAUUGCUGUCAUUAUUGA